AUGGCGGACGACGAUUCCCAUCUCUCUCUACCAACCCCGAACCCAACCCUCGGCUCAGCCACCUCACAUUUCUACCCCUUCGCAACAUCACCGGACAUUAUCCGCUCGCAUGAGAAGGAUGCAUUCCUUACAGGCACUUUAAUCCAACAAUCCCAAGGCAUCGUGCGAGCUCUGCGCGGCGCCCGAUAUGCUCAUACCCACUCCGACGCCAUCAAACAUCUUACCGAGCUCCUUUACUUUUCUUUAACAACCGCCAUCGGCAACCGCACCCUGGGCGAAGAAUACUGUGACCUCGUUCAAUUAGAAGACGACACACUCCAAUUACCGUCAAUCGGCCGUCGCGUGGGAUACAUUCUAAGCAGUAUUCUAGUACCAUGGACACUGCAGCGAAUCCUGCCCGCGCUGCGACAGAAAAUCCGCAACAAGCUUGAGCGCAACGUUGCCCGAGAGGAGCUUCGAGCGGCACAGCAGGCUGGCCUGCUCAACAAGCCUCAGUUUUCCACAACGCCAACUAAACGGCCAUUCUUUACCAAAUUGCGCAUUCAACAGUAUCUCCUUGAGCACCUGGACUCCAUCACAUCUUUGUCGCCUAUCUAUGCGCUGAGUAUUGCGACGUUCUACUUCACGGGCUCAUACUAUCACCUCUCCAAGCGCCUUUGGCGGCUGCGUUAUGUAUUCACAAAGAAGAUCGAGGAUAAUGAGCAGCGCAUCGGGUAUGAGGUUCUGGGUGUGUUGCUUGUUCUUCAGAUAGCCGUGCAGGGGUUCCUGCACGUUCGGAAACUAGGCGCGAGCAUGAAUGAAGAAGCGGAUCAGACGGCAAGGGCUGGCGACUCUUCCUCACAACGCGGAGCGGUUCUCACCUCUAUUCAGAACCCGUCUACUAUUCCUCUCCUCCCUGCGUCUGUGCCCCUCUAUGAUCUGGAAGAGGAUCCGAGUGCUGUCUCGUGGAUUCCCGAAGGCCAGCAGAGGAAGUGUACUCUAUGUCUGGAAUCGUUCAAGGAUCCUAGUGUCACAACAUGUGGACAUGUCUUUUGCUGGAUUUGCGUUCGGGAUUGGGUGCGUGAAAAGCCUGAGUGCCCGCUCUGCCGACAAGAAGUUUUGCUGUCGAAGGUGCUCCCUCUACGGGGGUAG